AACGAAGUACCUCUUCACCUCGCUUUCAAUAUUUCCUAGGUAUCGGUCGUCGGUUCAAUAUGCGUGUACAAACUUUGCUCGGUUAUGGUGUUAGCUUGCUUGGAUUCCUGCAACUCGUAGCUGCUGCUCCAGAGGCGGAUGCUAUCGAGCCUGAGAUUCUCAUCGUUGCAAACUUCCCAGAGUCAAAUGCUUUCGGUCACGUUGUAAACGGGGAGAGUAACAAGAUCUUCCUUACUAUUGAGAACAAGUCCGGCCGUAAUGUUACCCUGGAGAACAUUGCUGGAUCGUUCCACCAUCCAGAGACGAAUAAGCUGAUCAAGAACAUUACGGCGUUGAGCUAUAAUCUACCCCUAUUGGAGGGAGCUAAGCUCCAGCUUCCUUACCAGUUCUAUAGCGAGUUCAAGCCGGGUGAUUUGAGAUUAAAUAUCUGGCUUGAACAUAGCCUGGACGAUAACAAGUAUCGCGUGACGGCCUACGACUCGAUCAUCACCGUGGUUGAGCCAGAAACAUCGAUCUUCGAUAUCAAGUUGUGGCUCACAUACCUCAUUGUCUCUGCCCUUAUUGGUGGUCUUGGCUACUACUCGUACCUCAGUCUCGUUCCUCAACCCAAGAAACGGAAGACUCCAGCUGUCAGCGCACCCGUUGGAACUGUAACUGCUACUGGGGCAGGUGGAUACCAGGAAGAAUGGAUUCCCGAACACCAUCUCAAGAAGCCUAAGCAAAGGCGAACAAAGGCUGGUGUUGCCGUGAGUGGAGAGGAUACAAGCGGCACGGAGUUGAGUGCAACUGAAGGCAGGAAACGGAAGGGCAAGAAGUAGAAUGACUCGCCCGACUCCCUCUAGUGAAGGGAGGUAAAAGUAGCUCAUUAUCAGACUUCGGAUGCUUUAUAUAUUAUCGUGUUGAGUUCUUCGUCGGAUGUAGUGCCAUGCUUGUUUCGCGAUCAAACAUGUCAGAUCAUGAUUUUGAGAG